ACGACGAAUCAGGGGGAACUCUUGCGAACAGCGCCAACAUGGCAGUCACUACAAGACGCCAGCUUUCUGAUCAUGUUUUAUUUGAACAUAGCGACAAAGAACUUCAUGGCAUCGUCCAGCCAGACAGCAGGAUUGCUGUUGAAGCUCACGUCAAAAGCAUGGAGCAAUACCAGCAAAUGUACAAGCGAUCUGUGGAAGAUCCCGAAGGCUUUUGGGGAGAGAUUGCACAGCAGUUCCACUGGCAUAAACUUCCAACUACCUUCUUGUCCUUCAACUUCAACGUUGAAAAUGGACCUAUUUUCAUCAAGUGGAUGGAAGGAGCUCAAACUAAUAUUUGUUAUAAUGUCUUGGAUAGGAUUGUAAAAGAAAAAAACGGCGAAAAUACUGUUGCAUUUUACUGGGAGGGUAAUUAUCCAGGAGAUUGUAGUGAGAUCACUUACGGACAAUUGUUGGUAGAAGUUUGUAAGUUUGCAAAUGUUCUCAAGGCAAAAGGUGUUAAAAAAGGUGACAGAGUUGCCAUUUAUCUGCCUAUGAUCAUUGAGCUGGUGGUUGCCAUGUUGGCUUGCGCAAGGAUUGGAGCUGUUCAUUCCAUUGUGUUUGCUGGGUUUUCGUCACAAGCUCUCGGAGAGCGCUUGGUCGACUCAAGAUGUUCCUUGCUGAUAACCGCAGAUGGUUAUUACCGUGGUAUGAAGCUGUUGGAAUUGAAGUCCAUUGCGGAUAAAGCCUUGGUUAUUAGUGAACAAAUGGGACAUCCAGUGCCACUUAGUAUCGUAGUUAAACAUUUAGGAUCAUCUCAAAAAAAUGGAGAUAAAUAUAGAGAUGCUCCAGAACGUCCCAGCAAUAUCCAGAUCAAUUGGAAUGACAGGGUGGAUGUUUGGUGGCAUGAUGAGAUGAAGACAGCUGAGACGACUUGUGAACCAGAAUGGAUGGAUGCUGAAGAUCCUUUGUUCAUGCUUUACACCAGUGGUUCAACUGGUAAGCCAAAAGGUGUUCUUCAUACGACAGCUGGUUACAUGCUGUAUACUGCAACAACAUUCAAAUAUGAUUUUGAUUACCAUCCUGGUGAGGUGUACUGGUGUACAGCUGAUAUUGGUUGGAUUACUGGCCAUAGUUACAUCACCUACGGACCAAUGGCAAACGGUGCUACGAGUGUCAUGUUCGAAGGAGCGCCAACCUAUCCCGACGCUGGAAGAAUGUGGGCAAUAUGCGAGAAGUAUAAAAUUUCGAAAUUUUACACAGCGCCAACUGCCAUCAGGUCGCUGAUGAGAUUUGGAAAGGAUCUGGUGGAAAAACACAAUCGUGAUUCUCUGAAGAUCCUUGGUACGGUGGGUGAGCCAAUCAACCCUGAAGCCUGGUUGUGGUAUCGUAAUGUGGUCGGGAAUAGACAAUGUCCUGUUGUUGAUACGUACUGGCAGACAGAAACGGGUGGACACGUGAUCACGCCACUUCCUGGGGCUACUCCAAUGAAACCUGGGUCAGCGACUUUCCCGUUUUUCGGAGUCGUUCCAGCAAUCGUUGACAAAGAUGGAAAUGAGUUGGAAGGACCCUGCGAAGGCGUUCUGGUUUUGAAACAACCCUGGCCUGGUAUGCUAAGAACAGUCUACGGUGACCACGAUCGCUUUGAAUCCGUCUACUUCAAGAAAUUCCCAGGAUAUUAUUAUACUGGAGAUGAAUGCAAACGGGACGAAGAUGGAUAUUAUUGGAUAGUGGGUCGCGUGGAUGACUGUAUGAAUGUCUCAGGUCAUUUGCUGAGCACAGCUGAGAUUGAGAGCGCGUUGGUCGAACAUGGAGCUGUUUCUGAAGCUGCUGUGGUUGGGUAUCAACAUAAUAUCAAAGGCGUUGGUAUAUUCUGUUAUACAACAUUAAUGCAGGGAUUUGAAUUUACCAACGAGUUGGUCAAAGAGCUAAAGGAAAAAGUUCGGGAGAAAAUUGGCGCCAUAGCGACCCCGGAUGUCAUACAAUACGCCCCAGGCCUUCCCAAGACUCGCUCGGGUAAGAUCAUGCGCCGUGUGCUUCGUGAGCUUGCUCAGGGUAACUCGUCAUUUGGCGAUCAAACGACCCUAGCUGAUCCCAGUGUUGUUGAUACCUUACUGAAGCUCAGACCGCAGAAUAUACCCGGCAUGUAGGGUCACAAGAGGUCCCUUAUGGAUGUGUUUAGGAACAAUUCUAUUCACCGCAAUUACUCUACAUUACACAAACGAAACUUAACUGGAAGUGAAAAUAAGUGUAUAGUUAAAAAUAAUUUUUCCUUAAGAUCAUUUAUUCUAUAUAGAAUUCUUUCACAAAUUAGGUCAACUCGUAGGCAUACAACUGUUUACUCUUAUCCAAUUCAGCCGACAGACUCGUUCAUUGCUCUAAACCUACAAAAACAUUAAAUUGCCUUGUAACUGUAUAUUUCGCUGGCAGACUAAAGUCUCAACAAAGUGUGAUAUAUCAAUCAUUUCGCACGAAAUGCUUUAUAAUAUACAUUCAAUGUAUUCAUCAUCGCAUUUUUCAAAACAAACUAGCAUUUAUGACAUGCACAACAAAUGUAGUCAUAACGUUUUUAUACAUUACAACCUGUUUUGAUUCACGGCGGAAAAAUAAGCGGCAAAUUAUGGUUAGAAUAUUGUUUACAAUCAGUUAAGAUGCGAUAUCUUGUGAUAUUAGAUCAGCCUGUCAUACGCACGUUUGGUAAUUAUCAUAUAUCUGAACGCCUUCCUUUUUAAGAGCGGAAGAAAAAACAGCUGUUUUAAGCAAGAAACGAUUGUAAAAGAUCCCUUUUCAAUUUAAUGAAUAGGCUGCUGAAAAUUUUUGAUUUAUGGAACCGCGUUGACGGAGGAUUAAGCACAAUGCCUGCUAA